CAUCAUCCCAUCGAUCGAGAGAAGACGCCUUCUUUUUCACUCACUUUUGAUGUUCGUGACAGAACUAACAAUGAAAAGCUAGCAAAUUCCUUGAAUGUCAUCAUUCAUAUCCAGGAUAUAAAUGACAAUGCACCUCAGUUUUCCCAACGGGAAUUCAAUAUCACCAUCAAAGGAAAUUACCACAAAGAUCAACACUUUUACAGAAUGACAGCAUUUGACUCAGACCAAAAAGGCACUGCAAAUUCUGAAGUGGUAUAUCUUCUGAUUUCACAGACGCCUCAACUAAAGUUGCCUCUUUUCAAGAUUGAUUCCUCUAGUGGCUCCAUGAGCAUUACGCAAUGCUUGGAUUACGAGGCCAAUAGGAAAUUCAGAGUUCUGAUCAUGGCUUCAGAUCUUGGAUCUCCACCCAUGUCAUCAACUGCAACAGUCAAUAUUGAUGUGGAAGAUUCGAAUAACAAUUUGCCUGUAUUCACCCAAAAAUAUUAUCAUGCAGAUAUUCCAGAAGGCACAUCCGGAAUCAACGUCCUUCGUCUCAAAGUGGAAGACAAAGAUAGUCCUAAUACACGUGCUUGGAAAGCCAAGUAUACCAUAAGAACAGGAAACGAAAAAGGAAACUUCGUUGUUUUUACGGAUUCUGUAACUAAUGAAGGCGUUUUACAGGUUGCCAAGCCUUUGGUCUAUGGUAGCCUUUCCGUGAGGAGACUUGUCAUUGUUGUGGAGAAUGAAUUGCCCUUCUUUUUAUGUGAAGGUGGCCUUCAGCCCCCAUUUUCUGAAGUCUCAGUCAGCAUUAAUAUCACCAUUCGAAACUAUGCCCCUCAAUUCAUUCCCCCAUUACUUCAUUUUAAAUACCAAGAAGGGGUCAAGGGCGGUACUAAACUUGUGAAAUAUAUAGCUCAUGAUUCAGGCACAGCACAAGAUAAAAUCAGAUACAAAAUUGGGUUCGAUCCAAGUGGUUGGCUGAAGAUCAGUGAAUAUUAUGGAAUCGUGACAAUAGCAAAAACUCUUGGCAGAGAAUAUCUAUUUAUGAAUAAAACCAUUCUGAUUCACGCCAUUGAUGAUGGUAUUCCACCAUUAACUGGCACAGGUACCAUCCAACUUUACAUCAGUCCUUCAAAACUGAUUGCAGUACAAAACUUGAUGAUAUGUAAGGAAAAAGGACUGGGUCCUUUCCAUAUAACAUCUAAAGUCGAAGAUUACAGUCCAUAUGCAGGAUCUUUAACAUUCCAAUUGGAAGAUGCUUUGGAGGGUACUCAAAACCUCUGGAGAUUGGGAGAGAGCUCUGGUAACUCGGUUCAACUUUUUAUGCUGAAAAAUCUCUCCCAUGGCGAUUACUUGGUGCCUCUCCUUAUACGAGACUUACAAGGGGUUUUUAGGCAACAGACUCUGAAUGUCCAAGUAUGCUCUUGUCUAGAUGGGAUCAACUGUGACACAAAUGUGGCCAUAGCGAAGCCCAGCACUCUAUCGUCGGAAGGAGUAAUUGGCAUAAUUGUGACUUUAUUUCUGUUACUGAUAUUGGGCCUGAGUAUUCUGUUAUUGUGUUUCUGCUUCGCUAAAGUGAAGAAAAAGCCUAUAUUCAUUCCAUAUGAACUAGGCAACCAGUCCCUGAUUGACUACAAGGAGGAGAGUGAACCUGUUUUGGGUGGCUCUGCUGUGACAGACAGGAAAUUUAUACAACCAACUGUGGAUCCUCCUGCAGGUUCCCCUUUAAUCUACUCCUUGAACCGGAACACAACUGAAACUUUGAAAAAGAAAUGUAAGCAAAGCAACAACCUGGAGGACAAUAUAGUUUCUUAUACGCCUCAUGUUUAUGCAGAAGAAGGAACGUUGGAGAAAAGCAAAUCUUUAUUGUCCCUGCUUGUUCCAGAAGAUGAUAAAAACAGCCUCCCUAGCAAUCUUCUGGAUGACAUGGGAUUUAUAUUUGACCCACUUAGGAAAAUCUACCACAAAUGA